ACAGCGGCGACGGCGGCGGCGGCAGCGCUCCAACUCGCUCCUCGCUGCGGGCUCCGCCGUCGAGCCGAGAGCGCCUCCGCCCGCGCCCAGGUACCCGGCCGGACGACGCCAGCGACCCGGGCCCCUCGGCGACACCGCGCUUACGCAGGGGCGGCACAGGCACCCGGAGCCGAACGCCACGAUGGGAGGCAAGCUUAGCAAGAAGAAGAAGGGCUACAAUGUGAACGACGACAAAGCCAAGGACAAGGACAAGAAGGCCGAGGGCGCGGGCGCCGAGGAGGAGGGGACCCCGAAGGAGAGCGCGCCCCCCGCGGCGGCAGCCGAUGGCACAGAGUCCCAGGAGCCCGAGAAGCCCGACAAGGACAAGGAUAAGGACGCCGAGAAGGACGCCGAGGGCAAGGCCGAGGCCAAGGAGGGCGACCAGGCAGCAGCUGCGCCCAAGGAGGAGGCGCCUAAGGCGGAGCCCGAGAAGAGCAGCGAGGGCGCAGCCGAGGGGCAAGCGGAGCCUGGGGCCGCGGCGGCCGAGCAGGAGCCCGCGGAGCCCGGGCCCGCUGCGGGCGGCGAGGCCCCCAAGGCGGCCGAGGCAGGCGCCUCCGAGAGCCAAGAGGAAGGGGAACCCAAAAAGACUGAGGCUCCCGCCGCCGCCCAGGAGACGAAAAGUGACGGGGCCCCGGCUUCAGACUCAAAACCCAGCAACGCCGAGGCCGCCCCCUCCUCCAAGGAGCCCCCCGCAGCCACGGAAGCGCCCAGUUCCACAGCCAAGGCCCCCGCGGAGGAGCCCAAGGCCGCCGAGGUCCCCGCAGCCAAGCCCGACCAAACCGUAGCGGCCAAGGAGUAGCUGGACAGCCUGGGGACGCACCACCGAGAAACAAUCUCUCUCUCUCUCUCUCUCUCUCUCUCUCUCUCUCCCCCCUUCCCCCCUCCUCUCUCUCUCUCUCUCUCUCUCUCUCUCUCUCUCUCUCUCUCUCUCUCUCUCUCUCCUAUACUAACUGGUUUCCAAUUGGAAGUAAGGAUGUGUAUUGCCCAAGGGGGAAUAAAAAAGGAUGCUAACCCAUCUAGGGAGGGAGGGAGGGGGUGGGGAGAAUCCAAAUAGUAUUUUUGUGGGGAAAUAUCUAAUAUACCUUCAGUCACCUUGACCACCACGUCCCGGAUUGGAAAGAUCAGUGUCCACGCACCGAGUCCGCUCUGCUCCGCUGCACCCCAGGCCCGGCCGGCCGUGCCCCCUUUCCUGGCCCAGGAAGGGAGGCAGGGAGGCGGGAGGGAGGGAUGGGUUCUACCCGCAGGGCUUGUGCUGAGGCCGUCGAGAAGCUUCACGAAAGCAGUAUUUUCUGUGUCCUCCUUUUUAAUUUACAGCCUUUCUUAUUUUGAUAUUUUUUUAAUGUCGUGGAUGAAUGCCAACUUUCAGAGGAGCCCACUUAGCCUGUCCACAUGUAUUCGAUGCCAGCCCCCCGCCAUUGUUCCUCUCCAGAUAUUUUUGGGAGUAAACAAGCAUUCUCUCAUCGUACUUAGCCUACCUAGAUUUCUCAUGACGAGUUAAUGCAUGUCUGUGGUUGGGUGCACCUGUAGUUCUGUUUAUUGGUCAGUGGAAAUGAAAAAAAAAUAAGUCUGCGUUCACUGCAGUUCACUUUCUCUUCAUUCUGUGUCAUAGACACCAACUCACCACUCAUUGGAAAAUGAAAAAAAUAAAAAUACAAAAAAAAUGUACAAUGGAUGCAUUGAAAUUAUAUGUAAUUGUAUAAAUGGUGCAACAGUAAUAAAGUUAAAACAAUUAAAAAGAAA